GGAAGGCGCGCGCGCGAAAGGCCCCUGCGGGGGACCCUCCCCUUCGCCCCCCACGGGCAUCCCGGCCGGGGAGCAGGAACUCGUUUUCCUCUCAACAAAGAACAGGCAAUGCAGCAAGAGGCCCUUCAAGUCCUCCUGAGAGCAGAAAUGGAGAAUGGAGUGGAGACGGAAGAACAGGACCUGGCUGGCUGUGAGGCGAGCAAUGGCUCCCAUGGAAUUCUGCAAGGGAGCAGCAUAGAGCUCUGGGAAAGAGGCGUGGAGGAGGACAUGGGAGGGAGCAACCCCAGCUCAGACGUGGCUCGCCAGCGCUUCAGGCAGUCGGGCUACCUGGAGGCCGAGGGGCCCCGAGUACUUUGCAGCCGCCUGCACCGUCUCUGCCAUCAGUGGCUGCGGCCAGAAAGCCACACGAAGGCUCAGCUGCUGGACCAAGUGAUCCUGGAGCAGUUCCUGGCCAUCCUUCCCCCAUGGCUGGAGAGCUGGGUGCGGGAGUGCGGAGCGGAGACCAGUGCCCAGGCGGUGGCCCUGGCCGAAGGCGCCCUGCUGAGCCAGGCAGAGGAGGGGCAGCAGGAAGAGCAGCAGGAAGGGCAGCAGACUCAGCGAAUAUCGGAUAACGCAGCCAUAGAGUUCCUUGAGGCAGGGAAGGCUCUGUCAGAUCCUGCACACGGGCUGCUGUCGAGGGGGAUCAUGCAGGAGGUGGACAGGGGACCCUUGUCUUCUGUUGAGGGAAAGGGAACAACCUGCAGGGAGGAUGGAGUGAUUCUAAGUGUUCCUUUGAGGCCUCCUUCAGUUUGUGGUGGAGCGGAGACACCAUCCCUGCAUGCAGAGAAGGGUGUGACGAGCCUCGAGGAGGUGGCCGUGCAUUUCUCGGAGGAUGAGUGGGCCCUGCUGGACGCUGGCCAGAGGGCUCUGCACCGGGAGGUCACGCAGGAGAUCCUGGCUUCUCUGGCUGAUUGCAGCGGGAGCAAUAGAAACCAUGGGCACCGAAGACAGAAAACAGACCCAAAAAACUGGAAAAAUGACUCAAUUUCUUUCGGUCGGAUGGAUUUCUGUGUUGUUCCAAUGCUACGAGCACCUUCCAGAGGAAGUAAGCAGAGUAUUGGCAGUGGGGAGAGACCAUGGGAAUACACUAAGGACCUAAGAAGCUAUCAGAUCCAGCUUUCUAAACUACAAGGUAGUCAGAAAGAGCAGAAGAUCUUCAGAUGCUUCAAGUCUGCCACGGAAUUCAGUUGCAGCUCAGACGUUAACAUACAGAAAAGAAAGCCCACAGGACAAAAGUCUUAUAAAUGCUCAGAGUGUGGAAAGAGCUUCACUUCAGCCUCUUCUCUUAAGGUGCAUCAACGGAUCCACACAGGGCAGAAGCCAUUUAAAUGCUCCGAGUGUGGGAAGGGCUUCAGUUGGAGAGCAUCUCUUAAAAGUCAUCAAAGAUUCCACACAGGGGAGAAUCUACACAGUUGCUUAGAGUGUGGAAAGAGCUUCACUUCACACUCUCGUCUUAAGUUGCAUCAAAGGAUUCACACUGGUGAGAAGCCAUUUAAAUGCUCAGAAUGCGGAAGGAGCUUCAGUCAAAGCUGGAACCUCAAAAUACAUUGCCGAAUCCACACAGUAGAGAUACCCUUUCAGGACUCUUUGGAUAGAACGAGUUUCAGUCAGAGCAAGAACCUUAAGGCACAUCAGAGUAUCCACACAGGGGGGAAGCCCUACCCUUGCUCUGAAUGUGGGAAGAGCUUUCUUGAGUUCAAGAAGCUUAAACAGCAUCAAAGAAUCCACACAGGAGAGAAGCCCUUUGUGUGCUCAGUGUGUGGGAGGGGUUUCACUCGGAAUGGAAGUCUUAAGCUACAUGAGAGUAUCCACACAGGGGAGAAACCCUACACUUGCUCUGAGUGUGGGAAGGCCUUCAGUCAAAAUUUUAGCCUUAAGUAUCAUCACAGAAUCCACACGGGGGAGAAGCCCUUCCAGUGCUCAGAGUGUGGAAAGCAUUUCACUUUUCCUUCUUUCCUUAAGUGGCAUCAAAGAAUCCAUAUGGGGGAGAAGCCAUUUAAAUGCUCAGAAUGUGGAAGGAGCUUUUCUAACAAAUCAUCCCUUAAUUCACAUAAAGUAAUUCACACAGGGGAGAAGCCCUUCCAGUGCUCAGAGUGUGGAAAGCACUUCUUUUGGCACUCUCACCUUAAGUUCCAUCAAAGAAUUCACACAGGAGAGAAGCCCUUUGUGUGCUCAGUGUGUGGAAGGGGUUUCACUCGGAAUGCAAGCCUUAAGCAACAUCAGAGAAUCCACAAAGGGGAGGAGCCCUGCACUUGCUUGGAAUGUGGGAAGAGCUUCCUUGAUUGCGAAAUGCUUAAACAGCAUCAAAAAAUUCACACGGGAUAAUCCCCAGAAAUGCUUAGAAUGUGAAACAUUAUUCAUUUGUCCCUCUCGUUUUAAGUGGCAUCAAAGGACUCACACAGGGGAUAAGCCUUAUAAAUGCUCAGAAUGUGGAAGGAACUAUGCUUAUAAAUCACACCUCAGUUCACAUAAAGCAAUCUACACGGGAGAAGCCCUUUCAGAGCUUAGUGUGUGGAAAGAAGUUCAGUCAGAGCAGGAAUCUCAAGCUACAUCAGAAUAGCCACACAGGGGAGAUGCCUUAUACUUGCUUUGAAUGUGGGAAGAGCUUCCGUGAUUGCAGUAGCCUUAAACAACAUUUAAUAAUUCGCACGGGAGAAGCCAUAUAAAUCCUUAGAAUGCGGAAAGGGCUUUGCUCAGAAAAGAGACCUUAACUCAUACCAAAGAAUUCACAGUGGAGAGAAGCAAUAUAAAUGCUCUGAGUGUGGAAAGAGCUUGGCUUGGAACAGCGACCUUAACUCACUGGGAAGGAUCCAUUCAGGGGAGGAGCCCUUUCAGGGUUCAGUGUGCAGAAAGCUGUUGGGAGGAAUGUCAGCCGCUUCCACGUAGGCUUUGGUCCCGCUGCCUGCAAGUCUCCUUUGCGGCAGUUUUCCCCCAGCUCCUCCAGCUCCUCUUGACUGAAUGUCCUCAGCUUCUUCCUCCCCUUUCCCAAGCGAGUGGUGCCGAGUACCGGUGCUGGGCAUUGGGAAAGAGCCUGGUUUGCUGAGGAGCUUCAUUUCAUUCCUCAUUAUCACUCUUCGAAGGGGACUGCGGUCUGAUCCAUUGGCCCCGGCAUUCUCCCCUGCCCUGGCUCCAAACGAGAACUUACUCUCUUCAUUAAAAUGACUCAGUUUUACCUUUCUUUAAAAUAAAAACAAUAUUUACUCCUUA